UUUAUCUUCUCUCUCUUUACAAAUUUUUGUAUAUAUAAGGGAGCCUUAGAAAUUGGGAAACCAAAGCAAUUUCAGAGCCGAAAAUCAAAAACCAAAAAACCAGAAGAUAAAGAAAAACAAUUAUAACCAUGGCAAAUAGAUACCAUGUUCGAUCAAUUAGCUUCCCUUCAAGAUCUCAUCCCACCACAAUUAGAGUCGAAGAAGAGCUUAACAAAUUCAAGACAUGGGAAGCUUCAUCUUAUUCCACAUCAGAUUCUAUCUGCAAUGGUCUGUCAAGACUUGAAGAGUUGUAUGAAUCAGUGGAGGAUCUUCUCCAUAUGGGUUCGACCCAGCAAGUUCUUUCUCAAAACCAGAAUGAGAAAUGUGUGGAGGAAUUGUUGGAUGGAUCCGUAAAGCUUCUUGACAUCUGUGGGAUUACAAGGGAUUUCAUGUUGCAGACCAAUGAACAUGUUCGACCUCUUCAAUCUGCUCUCAGGAGGAGAAAAGGAGACUCAAGCAUGGAAACCAGCAUUGCAAAUUACACCUGUUUCAGGAAGAAGAUGAAGAAGGAUGUGAAAAAGUUGAUCUUGGCGUUGAAACAAGUUGAUAAGAAAUUCGAAACAUCUGCAUCACCAGCUGUUGAACAAGAUGACCAUCUCUGUGCUGUGAUCAGGGUUCUCAGAGAAGUCUGUUCUAUGAACAUUUCUAUCUUCCAAUCACUCUGCUUUUUCUUGACUGUACCAGCUGGAUCAAAUCCCAGAAGCAGGUGGUCUCUGGUUUCGAAAUUGAUGCACAAAGGUGCUGUAACUUGUGAAGAGAAAGAAAAGUCUGUGCAUGAAUUAGAUGGAGUGGAUGCUGUGCUCUGCACAUUAGGAGCUGAUGCUGAGAAAAUUGAAAUUGCUCUUAAAAGAUUGGAGGCUUUGGAAAUGAGCAUCAAUGGCCUUGAAAAUGGUUUGGAGAGCGUUUUUAGGCGCUUGAUUAAGACAAGGACUUCCCUUUUGAACAUAAUCUCUCAAUAGAAGAGUUGUCAAAGGCCAUUUUUGUUCCCCCAAAAUUAAAUCCUCAAGGCAUCCACAUUUUUAAGGAUUUGCUUUGGGAUUUUUAUUUCAGUUCUAAAUUGAACUUCGUGUAUAUGUAUCAAUUAUUUGAAUAGCUAUACAAUGAAAUACUAUACAAAGUUUUUGAUUCA